GAAUGGGAUGGGCUUUUAGAAAAGAACAGGUACUAGAACACCCACACACGCAGCUGGGAGACGUGGAUGGACUGAGUGGACUGCGGUGGAACAAGUAGGGGGCCUCACUUUACCAAAUGACUCAGAACAUGUCCAGCCAAAUAUGGCAACCGUGGCUAAAAGGAAAGUGGGAGUGGGAAAGAUGCUUCAAAGCCUUAUUAAAAAUGUUUGGAUCCCUAUGAAGCCCUACUAUACCCAGGUUUACCAGGAGAUUUGGAUAGGAAUGGGUUUGAUGAGCUUCAUUGUCUAUAAAAUCAGGAGUGCUGAUAAAAGAAGCAAAGCUUUGAAAGCUUCAAGUCCUGCACCUGCUCAUGGUCAUCGUUAACCAGACCUCCUUGGAGAACGCAUCAGAUGGGACGUCACCCUGGCUGGAAAUGUCAGCAGGCUGCUAGAUGGGGGCAUGGGCAGCUGCCGUGCACGGGCAGACGUGCUGCUCCCUUGUGGCAUGAAUAAACACACCUGUGACAUGCUCCA